AACAAAAAAUAUAUAUUUAUAUGUGUAAACCAUACGUACAUAUAUAUGUACACAUAAAUAAGGCCCACGUUAAACGUUUGCGUUGGCGGUAGGUCAAAAAACAAAGUGCUGUGAUCUAAUUUUGAACUUGUAAACAACACAAUGACGACAACCUGUGAAUUGGAAUCGUCUGCAAAUGCAAUCGAAAUAAGUCCAAAAACCUAUAGUUAUGCGCUAUUCGAAGAUGUGCAUCUCGCGCUGUCAGCGGCACCAGGUCAAGGAGAAACGCUGCAGACUCGCGGACAUUUCAACUAUUUUCAUUACGGCUGCGAUGGCACUAUUGAUGCAGGUUGGGGCUGCGGCUAUCGCACUUUACAAACGGCCAUCUCAUGGAUUAUUAAUAAGCGCAAUGCCACUGCAACAAAUGUGCCCUCAAUACGUGAGAUUCAGAGCAUUCUGGUUAAGAUCGGUGACAAAUUGCCGCGUUUUAUUGGCUCACGCGAUUGGAUUGGCACGCUGGAGGAGUGUUAUGUGUUGGAUACGCUGUUCGACGUGCCGUGUAAGAUUCAACACGUUAAACAGCUGAACUGCGACCAGGUGAUUGACCAGAUACGUCAAUACUUUGUUGAGUACGCUGGUUUCAUUGCCAUGGGCGGGUUAAGCGACACAGCAUCAAAGGGCAUAGCGGGCAUACAUCAGAGUCCAGUGGCCGGCACAUUUUUGCUGGUUGUGGAUCCGCACUUCUCGGGCGUGCCGAGCAGCAAGCAACAGUUGAUUGACGCGGGUUACGUGCGUUGGAUGCACAUGGAUGAGUUUCGAGAGAGUGCCUAUAAUCUUUGCUUCAUACUGCAGAAAUAGUUUACUUUAAUGGCUGCCACCUCGUUAUUAUGGAUCGUAUGUAUUGAUAAGUAAAUCGCACACAUACAUUUAAGCAGUUUAUUCCCAUGGAAAUGGCGCUGAUAAGCCGGCGACA